AUGGACAGACGAAGACAGGAUAUCGAGGACAAGCGAGCCAAACUUGCGGAACUGCGAAAGGCGAGAGAGGAGCGAAGAACCAGGUUACAGGAGGAACGUGGUGCAGGAUCCACCACACCCAUCAACACUGGCGUCCAGAAUCCGCGGCCCACCCGGGCUGAAAUCGACUCUCUGGUAUCCGAUCUAUUGAGCCCCGCUGGAGGACCUGCAUCAGCUUCAUCAGGCGUUGGCUCGCCAGCUCCCAAUACACCAUAUGCUGCCACGAGCGCCAACACCGCAGGAAAAUCUACAAGUGGUGGACGGUUCAGUUUUGGACGACGAUCGAGUCAAGGAAGUCAUUCCGGUGGUCAGAUCACCUCCUCAGAUAUCGACAAUCUCCCGUCUCAACUGGUCCCACCAUCUGAACCUCAAGAUACCGGAAGUGUCACAGGCGCAUCUCCUCUCUCAGCAUUACCAAGCUUUACCAAUUCAUCCCAAGACUUGUACGAGAUUGCCCCAAAACCACGACUUUUAUACAAUAAAUCCGUCCAAACCCACUCGAUCUCGGUCGGCCCGGGCCCCUCAGGAUCGACCGUGUCCAAUGGCGAUGGAAAUCAAUCGAUCACAAAUCCCAACGAAGAUGAACUGAGGCUUAAACUCAUCAAAGAACUCGAAGUUGAACGAAAAAAAUUGGAACAGGAAAUUAAGGACGAACAACGUCGGAUAGAGAAGGAGAUGGAAGAGGACAGGUUAAGAGGUUUGGAUCCAAGGACGCUAGCCACAAUUUACUCGGAUGCAGAGUUCAACGACUUUCUGGAAUCGUCCUCCAAGAUCAUACAACGUGCACUAUCUGAUGGCUACGAUUAUCUAAAAGACUAUUCUGUGAAUUUCGGGGAUGAAGAUGGAAUGGAUGAUCGUGAAGGCAAACGUGUCAAGCGGAGUUGCGAGUUUUAUGAAGAAAAACUUUUGAAAAAUCGUAGCGUGACCGAUUUAGAUUGGUCCACAAAAAACCCGGAACUCAGUUUGGCUUCAUAUAACAAAAAUCCGAGUGGGAUCAAUGAACCCGAUGGUCUUGUAUGUGUUUGGAACUUGCAUCUCCUUGACCGUCCGGAGUACACAUUUCAUUCUCAGUCCGAUGUCCUUUCUGCCACGUUCUCGCCAUUUCAUCCUAACCUGGUUAUAGGUGGUACUUACUCCGGUCAGAUCUUGAUUUGGGAUAUCCGGCAUCGCAAACAGUUACCAGUCUUGAAGACUCCACUAUCUUCUUCUGGUCACACUCAUCCGGUUUACUCAACGUCAAUCAUCGGCACUCAGAACUCGCACAACUUGAUCUCAGUUUCCACUGACGGUACGAUUUGCUCGUGGGCCUUGGAUAUGUUGGCUCAACCCCAAGACCUCAUCGAAGUCUUGAAUCCUACUCACCAUCGGACGGAUGAGAUGAGUCCUACCUGUUUUAGUCUUCCGGAAAAUGAAAUCAACACGAUUUGGUUCGGAACCGAGGAGGGGAACGUGUAUGAAACCAACCGGUUCGAUCGCGCUGGGAUGAAAUCGGGAUUGAUUCAGAGCUUGGUUUACAAAGGCCAUUCGGGACCCGUUCUGGGGAUCGAUUUUCACCCGCUGAGUGGCCCGGUGGAUUUCAGCGACCUGUUUCUAACUUGCGGAGUGGACUGGACGGUCAAACUAUGGAGACCCAAAGGAAACGAUAAGAAAGCCGACCAGCCAGCUGAGCCUGUCCCGGCGAGUCGCCAGCCACGUAUCAGCAACACAACUUCCAGUGCAAAACCUAAUUCAACCGCUCCCCGGGCCACAAUUAUCGCUCCGAUAUACUCGUUUGAAGAGGCUGAUGAUUAUAUCUUCGACGUCAAGUGGCACCCCUGUCACCCCGCUAUGUUCGGAACUGUGGAUGGCUCGGGGAAGUUCAACUUGUGGAACUUGAAUUCAGAUACUGAAGUCCCGACUGUUUCAAUCUACACAAAUCCUUCCCAACCUAGAGGAUUGAAUAAACUUGCAUGGGACAAACGAGAGGGUAAGAAGGUAUCAAUGGGUAGCAUUGAUGGUCGAGUUUAUGUUUAUGAUAUCGGUGAGCUUGCUUUACCCAAAGAAAACGAAUGGGACCAAAUGAGGAAAACGUUUGGGAACUUGAUGGGUACUAGUAAUAAUGGAAUCAGCGCCUUAGACGUCCGCUAA